AUGGUUGCUGGGACUUCUUUUGCCCUCGCUGCCGCCCUCGUCGGGCUGGCUGUCUUUACUACCGGGUCUCAGGCUGUGGUCACGGAUGACACACACUUCUAUGGACAGUCGCCGCCUGUAUACCCGUCGCCUGAGACACUUGCGCAUGGCGACUGGGAAGAAGCCAUUUAUAAAGCGAGGGAAUUGGUCUCACGCAUGACCUUGGAAGAGAAGGUAUCACUGACGGCCGGUGUUGAGGUCGACACUGGCUGCUCUGGCAUGAUCGCGCCGGUAGAGCGUGUCAGCUUUCCCGGGCUGUGUCUUCAUGACGCCGGGCAAGGAGUUCGCAACGCCGAUUUCGUCAACUCAUGGCCCAGCGGGAUUCAUAUUGGCGCCAGUUGGAACAAGGCGCUCGCAUAUAAACGGGCGCUCGCCAUGGGGGGCGAAUUCAGACGCAAGGGCGUUCAAGUCAUGCUGGGUCCCGUCGUUGGCCCCAUAGGCAGAGUGGUGAGGGGAGGUCGUAACUGGGAAGGGAUCUCUCCGGAUCCGUACCUCAGCGGCGUGCUCGUCCACGAGCUGGUUGCUGGCACACAAGACGCGGGGGUCAUCGCGAGCACUAAGCAUUAUAUUGGGAAUGAGCAAGAGGUGGACCGAAUGCCCACCAAGGCGCGUCAGGCUGUUUCAUCCAAUAUUGACGACGUCACGAUGCAUGAGCUCUAUCUCUGGCCUUUUCAAGACGCCGUUCAUGCGGGAUCUGGUUCUAUCAUGUGCUCCUACCAGCGGCUGAACAACUCGUAUGGAUGCCAAAACAGCAAAGCCCUGAAUGGGUUGCUCAAGGAGGAGCUCGGAUUUCAGGGAUUCGUUGUAACGGAUUGGCUUGCUGCUCACUCUGGUGUUGGUUCUGCUCUGGCAGGCUUGGAUAUGAUUAUGCCCCUUCCUGCGGCGUUCUUCGGUGAUAAUCUCACUGAGGCGGUUAAUAACGGGUCUGUCCCUGAGCAGCGAGUGACGGAUAUGGUUGUCAGGAUAUUGGCGUCUUGGUACAAAAUGGGUCAGGAUGUGGAUUAUCCCGCUGCGGGCGUGGGCAUACCCAUGAAUCUGGCAAUUCCCCACGAGAUCGUGGAAGGACGGAAGAAGUCAGACAAGCCCGUGCUCUUUCAGUCAGCAGUUGAGGGUCACGUCCUCGUCAAGAACAUCAACAAUGCCCUCCCUCUCAGACAACCACGGGCCCUGUCCGUGUUAGGGUACGGCGCCAAGGACUGGGAAACCAAUAUGGUUGGCAACCCUUCGGCUUGGACCUUCGGUUUCCAGCCGACGAAUACUACAGAACUUCGCGAGGGAGUCACUUCGGCCCUUGCCGGUGUGUACCCGAACGUAACUGGACCCGCGCGGGGCGGCGCCAUCGUGUCUGGCGGUGGCUCCGGCGCAACAUCGAUCGCCACAUUCAUGUCCCCCUUCAAUGCCCUGUUACAGCGCGCCGAAGAAGACGACACACAGAUCUUUUGGGACUUCAAGUCUGGCGAGCCCGAGGUCUUAGGGGUUAGUGAUGCCUGCCUGGUCUUUGUCAAUGCUUAUGCUACUGAAACCAUGGACCGGCCGGGACUCCGUGAUGAUUACACAGACGUGCGCCUCGUGGACCAGUGGAUCGAUCACCCCAACGUCACUGCCGUCGUCCUGGGCCACCUUGGCGGGCAGUAUGCAGGCAAAGCCAUCGUUUCUCUCCUUUAUGGCGAUGAAAACUUUUCGGGGAAGCUACCGUACACUGUGGCUAAGAAUGAGAGUGAUUAUGGUCACCUCUUGGAUCCAACGUACCCUGAAGGAGAUUAUACCACAUUCCCCCAGAGUGACUUCGACGAAGGCGUCUACAUCGACUAUCGACGCUUUGACAAGGCAGGCAUCGAGCCCCGCUAUGAAUUCGGCUUCGGCAUGAGCUACACCAACUUUACUUACAGUAAUAUGCACAUACGCGCUACUGGGAACCACAGCAACCCAUACCCACAGGGGCCCAUCAUGCAAGGUGGUCAUGUCGACCUAUGGGAUCCCGUUGCGGUUGUCACCGCCGACGUCAAGAACACAGGAGCCGUGGACGGCUCAGAAGUCGCACAGCUAUACGUCGGCAUCCCCGGCGCCCCGGCGAGGCAGCUGCGCGGUGUGGAAAAGCCAGAGAUCACAGCCGGAGAGACGGCCAGUGUCAUGUUCCAGCUGACGCGCAGGGAUCUCAGCGUGUGGGAUGUUGUGGCGCAAAAAUGGAAUCUCCAGUCUGGGAACUAUUCUAUUUUCGUCGGCCCCAGCAGUCGCUCCUUUCCACUUUCUGGGUCUGUUUUCAUUGGCCACAAUGAGACUUUGAGCCGCAGAGCCAUCCAUGGACAGCAUAAGAGGGUUUCUUAG